UCGCGCAUCUGGAUACGACGUCGCCGAGGGCUACUCUCGUGAGAUUCGGGAUUUUUGCCACCCCCCCUCACCGGGGCCAGGUAAGGCCUCGCCUCCACUGGUGUCCGCAGGCUUCAACGUCCGCCAGCGCCAUCCACUUCGAUACGGAUUACGCUAUAGUGCAAGAUAGAGCUGCUGCUUGAGGAUAUCGACUACCUUGUAUCGCAGGAAGGCUUGCUGAAGCGGCACACGCCGGCCGACUCCUCUCCGAAAGAAGCCCCCCACGAAAGAAGCGAUGGCCGAGGACCCCGAUCCCACCGAGUACCUGUUCGUCUCUCUCGAGACCAAGCGCAAGGACCAGACCAAGCCUUACGAUGGCAAGAAGAUGGUCUGGGUGCCCGACGAGAAGGAAGGUUUCGUCCUGGGCAACAUCGUCUCUACAAAGGGCGACAUGGUCACCGUCGACUGUCCCGGCGGAGAGCAAACCGUCAAGAAGGACCUGCUGCAGCAGGUGAACCCGCCAAAGUAUGAGAAGUGCGAAGACAUGUCGUCCCUCACCUACCUCAACGAUGCAUCGGUGUUGCACAACCUGAAAGAACGAUACUACGUUAAUCUCAUCUACACGUACUCGGGCCUGUUCUGCGUGGCCAUCAACCCCUACAAACGCUUCCCCAUCUACACCAAGCGCGUCGUGGAGAUCUACAAGGGCCGCAGGCGUACUGAGGUGCCUCCCCACGUGUUCGCCGUCUCAGAUGGAGCCUACAUGGACAUGUUGGCCAACCGUGAGAACCAGUCUAUGCUUAUCACUGGCGAAUCAGGAGCGGGAAAAACUGAGAACACCAAAAAAGUCAUACAGUAUUUCGCCCUUAUCGCCGCCUCGGGUUUUAAGCAGCAGUUUUCCAGCGGAGUAAGUGGAAAGAACAAACAAUAUUCUUGGCUGCCACAUCGGCGACUGCAGCAGCAGUCGAUGCUCAAGCCCUAACU